GUUGCGAAGAUAGAUCAGUAAGCCUUCUUGAAUCGAGGGAGGGGAUUAUAAUUAACAGUCUGCAGCCAUUGCCCGUGGGUUAAUAACUGCGUCGCCAACAACAAUCAUCGUCAUUUCGUCUUCUAUGUUGCAUGCAUGGAGAUUGGCGUUCUCAUCUGGGUUCGCUUGGUACUGCAAUGUGCGUCCAUGUCCUUCCGCCGUAUUCGACCCGUGGCCUGUACUAACGGUGCUAGACCUUGAUAAUGUUCCCUCACCUGAAGGCGUCGAGUGCAACGUGCUAGCGGAAGAGCUCUGCAGGAUUCUGCACAAAGAUCCGUUCACCAUCGUCCUAACGAUAUGGACGGCUGCUCAACUUACAUGGGUUACGAUGCUCUUGAUAGUGCAACUGCUACAGAUUGCGCGGAAUCUCACCACGAACGAGAGUAUGCGUGGCCACCUCCAUAGCCAUACCCCGGCUGAUGCGCUGAACUCCUUCGUCACUACGGGCGACAUCUCACAGGACGAUGUCUCAGGUUCAGCGGCUACUGGAGACGGAGCAUCUUCGCAACGGCCGAAUCAAUCGAUAUGGGAUCAGUGGAAGCGAUUGCUAGGACUCGAUACUUUUGUCGCCACUGCGCUCAGGGGCUCACGGGCGAACCAAGCGCGGAGCCGUGGGAACCCGUUCUCCAGAGGCGUGGUCACCAAUUGUAAAGACUUCUUCUGCGACAGUUCGCCGAUAUUCAAGAAGAAAGAGAGCGGAUAUGCACAAUUGGGAGGAGAAAGGGUAGAUUAUACACGCAUGUAUGAGAUACCCAAGAUGCGGUAUCAACGGGGUGGUGGGCGGUACGAAGCCGUAGCAGGAGAAGAGGAUGGGGACGUCGUAUGAUUCUAAUAAUGAUAUGUGUAUGACUGAGAGCGUCGUCUACGUAGACGCCUUGUAACCCUAUAGUUAAUGAGCUGGAGAUGAUAGUUUCCUCUGGUCCAGGUUCUCGACCGGUUUCCACGUGGUCGGCCCCGACAGCCGAGGAACGUCCGGGAAGUGGACGGACCUCAGAAAUGACCGCCGACCUUCACCACUACACUUUGCCACAACCACCUAUGUGCUUGGGAUUCUUUUGGCUCUCAUUCUUUUUGUUUUUCGUUCAUUUUUAGAGUUUUUGGUAUCUCUGCGAGCGGGUUUAUGCAAAGACUCUCUCUGUUGCUCGCUCGUCACUCCCGCUCAUGACAUCAU